GCCUUGGCCGAUUGCGGCUCCGAAAUUCGGCUCCGGUAUUGAUCUUAACAGGCCCUGACCCCGCCGGCUCCGGAAGCCGGAUCUUUUGGUCGUCCAACCUGAUUUUUGGACGUGAUUUGCUGCAACUAAAAGCAAGAACAAACAAGUCUCAAUUAUUUCUAACCACUGCAUUGGAUCUUUACUCAUCUCAUCUUUGAUACCGUAUGUCCCCAAUAAGGGAUCAUGUGAAUAUUCCAACUACAUAGGUACCUAACCUGCACUAGAGAGCAACGGGCGUACGCAGGGGCAGGACCGUUCGUCAGUUCGCGCAUGCACCAAAGCCAUCAAAGUUCAUCGCAAUCGUCCGAAACCCUGCCACGGACAGAUUGCCAAGUCAGUGCUCCCCGCCCAUUGUCACUCUAUAAGAUCCGGCAUGAUUCUUUUUCCAUGCUCCACUUGACCACCCGGGUGACUUCUCCUGAUUUACUGCGCCUGUAACUGGGUCUAGUUCUAGAAUAGAAGAAGGCUAGACCUUCCCCGCAUCUUGUCAAAAGAAAUCCCCAUCUCUUUUGUCGCAAAUCGAAUCUGUCUCGCCCGCCUCGCAUAAUAGAGCCAAGACCUGGAGUAAACCUGCCAUACAAGCAUCAAACCCUUUAACAAAAAUUGUCAGCCACUACUGGUCCGCUUUGUUGACCUGCCUGGCACGCAUUUAUUUUACGAUUUCGCAACAACCAAUAACGCCACCAUGUCAGUCGACAACAACUUGGUUGGGAGGCUUGCACUCAUUACGGGUGCCUCUGGAGGAAUCGGGGCUGCCAUCGCCAAGGACCUCUGGGCCCACGGUUCCAGCUUAGCCCUCACCUACUGGAACAGCCGCGAGAAGAUCGAUGCUCUUGUCGCCGAGUUAGAGAAGGCUUCAACGCGGUCAAGCAACAGGAUCUCGGUUCACCGCAUCGACAUGGGCACCCCCAACGACCAGGACUUUGACCUGCUGUUCCAGGAGAUUGUCCAGCUGCAGGGCCAGUCCCCCAGCAUCCUUGUCGCCAACGCCGGGUACGGCAAGCGAUUCACGUACAUUGAGGACAUUGAGCUGGCCGAGUUCGACUACAUGAUGCGCGUCAACCUCCGCGCCCCCUUCAUCCUGGCCAAACACUGCGUGCCCGACAUGGCCAAGAACAAGUGGGGCAGGCUCAUAUUCAUCUCGUCCAUCGCGGCCUACGGCGGUGGCAUCAACGGCCCUCACUACGCCGCCAGCAAGGGCGGAGUGACGAGCAUGAUGCGGAACCUGUCGGCCAGGUACGCCAAGGAUGGUAUCACGGCCAACGAUGUCGCGCCGGCCAUGAUUGGCGACACUGGCAUGAUCCCCAACGCGAGGGCCGUGGAGGGCACCGCCGGAGACGUCAGGAAUAUCCCCGUUGGUAGACUCGGGGCCCCGCAGGAGGUGGCCAACGCCGUGACCAUGCUGUGUCGGACGGGCUACCUCACUGGCCAGAGCAUUAUAUUGUCGGGAGGCUUGAGAUGAUCUUGGUAGAGUUCCGAGCUGACAUGGAUAAUAAAAAGUCGUUGAUCUUGAUCAACUUAACAGCUUCUCGUUUAAUAUGCAUGGCAAAAUAGAAGAGAACGAAUUAUUUUAUAUUCACAUAUCAGUGUGCAGAUACUAA